AUGGAAGAAUCUCAAUCCAUGCAGAAAAGUAACACAAAGGUGGGUCAGUAUGAAGGUCAAGAGAACAUGGACCUCACCUUCAAAACAAAGACAGAUACAAAGGUGGGGCUGAUGAAGCACAGAGUCCAGCCAGAGAGGGACUCUAAGAUAGUAUCCUUUCCAGAAGUAUAUAUGAAUCAAGAAGUGAGUCUUUAUGACACAUGGCCAUUGAAAAUGCAGAAUUUGUUCCAAAAUUUCACAAAUCUACUACUCUUCCAAAAAUUGUGCACAAGAGGCUCAGAGGACUUGGUCAGGAAAAGCUGGCAUUCAUGUGUACCAGAAAAAGAAGGACAUAUGAUUGAGAUCCAAGACUUAUUUGGCCCAAACAUCCAGAAAAGACCUCAAUUAGUCAUAAUAGAGGGUGCUGCUGGGAUUGGGAAGUCAACACUGGUCAGGCAUGUGAGGAGAGCCUGGAAGGAAGGCCAUCUCUACAGAAAUUGCUUCCAACAUGUCUUCUUCUUCAGCUGCAGAGAGCUAGCCCAGUGCAAGCAGCUGAGUCUGGCUGAGCUCAUAGCACAAGGCCAGGAAGUACAUACAGCUUCCAUUAGGCAGAUCUUGUCUCACCCUGAAAAGCUACUCUUUAUCCUGGAUGGCAUCGAUGAGCCAGCAUGGGUCUUAGAGGAGCAGAAUCCUGAGCUAUGCCUGCAUUGGAGUCAAACACAGCCUGUGAACACUCUUCUGGGAAGUUUACUAGGACAAUCCGUCCUUACUGAGGCUUCCUUCCUGCUCACAACUCGGACCACAGCUCUGCAGAAGAUCAUUCCUUCCUUGGGGCAGCCACGCAGGGUAGAGGUCCUGGGGUUUUCUGAGUUUGAACGGAAGGACUAUUUCUACAAACAUUUUGCAAGAAAAAGAGAUGCAAUUACUACAUUUAGAUUGGUUAAAUCUAAUCCUGUGCUCCUGACCCUGUGUGAGGUUCCCUGGGUGUGCUGGCUGGUCUGCACUUGCCUGAAAAAGCAGAUGGAGCAGAGUGGAGACUUCUCACUGACCUCACAGACCACCACAGCCCUCUGCCUGAAAUACAUUUCCCUGACAAUCCCAGGUAAGCACAUGGGGACACAGCUCAGAGCCCUUUGCUCACUGGCUGCUCAGGGGAUCUGCCAAAAAAGGACCCUGUUCAGUGAAAGCGACCUCUGUAACCAAGGGUUUGCAGAGGAUGCCAUUGCCACUUUCCUGAAGAUUGGUGUCCUUCAAAAACAGCCCAGCUCCCUGAGCUACAGCUUUGCCCAUUUGUGUCUCCAGGAGUUCUUUGCAGCGAUGUCCUACAUCUUGGAGGACAGUGAGGAAAGACAUGGUGAUAUGGAAGAUGACAGAAUUGUGGAGACACUGGUAGAACAGUAUGGAAGACAAAACCUCUUUGAGGCACCCACUGUGUGCUUCCUAUUUGGUCUUUUGAAUGAAGAGGGAUUGAAAGAAAUGGAAAAGUUAUUUUUGUGCAGCUUUCCUGGAAAGACAAAGUUGAAGCUGCUAUGGCAGAUCCUAGGGAAAUCCCAACCCCAUCAACCUCCUUGUCUGGGUUUGCUCCACUGUCUGUAUGAAAAUCAGGAAAAGGAGCUCCUGACACAUGUGAUGCACGAUCUUCAAGGAACAAUAGUGCCUGGAACAAAUGACAUUGCACACACAGUGUUCCAGACAAACGUGAAGCACCUGGUGAUACAGACAGACAUGGAGCUCAUGGUGGUCACUUUCUGCAUUCAGUUCUGCUGUCCUGUGAGGAGUCUCCAGGUGAAUAUGGGAAGACAGAAAGGAUAUGCACUGAUGGCUCCAAGGAUUGUCCUGCACAGAUGGACCCCAAUCACUGAUGCCAGUUGGAAGAUUUUCUUCUCCAAUCUUAAAUUCACCAGAAACCUGGAGGAGCUGGACCUAAGUCGAAAUCCACUGAGCUACUUUGCAGUAUACAGUCUUUGUAGGACCCUGAGACAGCCUGGCUGCCAACUAAAGACCUUGUGGCUUGUUGACUGUGGCCUCACAUCCAGACACUGCUUACGCCUGGCCUCAGUGCUCAGUGUCCACUCCAGCCUGACUGAGGUAGACCUGCAGCUGAAUGACCUGGGUGAUGAUGGUGUGAGGCUGCUGUGUAAGAGGCUCAGAAAACGUGCCUGCAACCUCAGCAUCCUGCGGCUGGACCAGGCCUCUCUCAGUGACCAGGUGAUUAAAGAACUCAAGACUCUGGAGGCAAAGAAUCCAAAGCUGCUCAUCUCCAGCACAUGGAAGCCACAUGUGAUAGUCCCUGCUAAGAACAUGGAUGAAGAAGAAGUGAGUGAUAACCCAACCUCAUUCAAGCAGGAGCAACAACAGCCAGGAGAUAAACCCAUGGAACCGCCGGAGACUGAGAUUGACUUCUGGGGCCCUACAGGAUGUGUGGCUACUGAGAUUGUUGACAGAGAGAGGAACAUGUACCGAGUCCCAUUGCCCAUGGCUGGUUCCUACCACUGUCCCAGUACAGGACUCCACUUUGUGGUGACAAGGGCAGUGACAAUCGAGAUUGAAUUCUGUGCCUGGAGCCAAUACCUGGACAAGACUCCCUUGCAACACAGUUACAUGGUGGUUGGACCUCUGUUUGACAUCAAAGUUGAGCAAGGAGCUGUGACUGCAGUGUACCUCCCUCAUUUUGUGGCUCUCCAAGAUGGAAAGGUGGACACCUCCUUGUUCCAUGUUGCCCACUUUCAAGAACAUGGGAUGGUCCUAGAAAGCCCAGCAAGAGUGGAAGAGCAUUACACAGUAUUGGAAAGCCCAAGCUUCUCCCCAAUAGGAGUUCUACUGAGAUUGAUUCCUGCUGUUCGACAAUUCAUCCCCAUCAAUUCCAUCACACUGAUCUACUAUCACUUCUAUGACAAGGAUGUCACCUUUCACCUUUACCUGGUCCCCAAUGACUGCACUAUUCGGAAGGCCAUUGAUGAUGAAGAAAUGAAGUUUCAGUUUGUUCGCAUAAACAAGCCACCCCCAGUACGUGCUCUUUAUGUUGGUUCCCACUAUAUCCUGUCUGGCUCCAAAAAGGUGGAAAUUAUCCCAAAGGAACUGGAACUGUGUUACCGAAGCCCAGGGGAAUCCCAGCUCUUCUCUGAGAUCUACGUUGGACACAUGGAUUCAGGGUUUAAGCUGAAAAUCAGGGAGAAGAGGCACAUGAAUCUUGUAUGGGAGGCCUUGCUGAAACCAGGAGACAUCAGACAUGCACCAUGCAGGGUUUCUCCAGCACCCAAAGAUGCUCCUUCCAUGCUACACUUUGUGGACCAGCAUCGGGAGCAGCUGGUGGCCCGAGUGACAUCAGUGGACUCUCUAUUAGAUAAGCUGCAUAGCCAGGUGCUGAGUGAAGAUUCCUAUGAGGCAGUGAGGGCUGAGACCACAAACCAAGACAAGAUGAGGAAGCUCUUCAGCUUCAGCCCAUCCUGGAGUCAAGCCUGCAAAGACCAAUUCUACCAAGCUCUGAAGGAGACCCACCCUCACCUGGUCAUGGACCACUUUGAAAAGUCUGGUGGGGUCUCUUUGGGAUCCUGA